UGAGUUGUUGGUUGUACAUUGUUGGUUCGGAGAAUCAGGUGUGAUCAAAGGUGUUUCAACGGAGGGACAAGAUCGACGUUCGUUGUGGAGGGCUGGCUGAUGCACCGCGGCGGCGGUGUCGCCGGGAGCGGUGCUGGUGGAGCCGCUGGUAUCGGUGGUGGAUCGGGCGGAAGUGGCGCGUUACCCUCCACGAGCCACCGCGGCCUCGAACUGGAACAUCCGUCGGCGAUGCCCGGUGCACCGGGUUUCCAUUGGGGGGCUAUGCUCGCCGGCCACCAUGCGGCCGCCGCGGCGAGCAUGAUGCAGCCACCCCUGUCCGCGGCUGCUGAGUACACCCCCGCGCCGGCACACCAUGGGCCCACGCAUCCCGCCAUGCCCAUGGACCUUCACGUUCAUCAAGGAUUCCCUUACUACAGGUAUCGAGAUGAUGCUCUCUGUUGGACGGACAGGAAACCGUCCGUGGACGACGUUGGAAAUCCUACCUCUGUCAACGCACGUAUCCUCGAGCUGCGCAAGGAGAAGAGCAGAGACGCUGCCAGGUCUCGAAGGGGGAAAGAGAACUUCGAGUUCUACGAGUUAGCGAAAAUGUUGCCAUUACCGGCGGCUAUUACCUCCCAGUUGGACAAAGCCUCUAUAAUAAGGCUAACCAUCUCGUACCUCAAACUUCGGGAGUUCUCGGGCCACGGAGACCCGCCAUGGAAUCGGGAUGGGCCACCGCCAAAUAAAUCUGGCAAAGGUGCGAAUCGAGUUAGGUCAUCGGCAUCCGCUGCUAUGGACCACUUCGAUGUACAUCAGGGUACCCAUAUUCUUCAGUCGCUGGACGGGUUCGCGAUGGCGGUCGCCGCUGAUGGACGGUUCCUGUACAUAUCCGAGACCGUCUCAAUUUACCUUGGACUCUCACAGGUAGAGAUGACGGGUUCAAGCGUUUUCGAUUACGUUCAUCAGCAAGACCACGCGGAAGUAGCAGAACAAUUGGGCCUCGGGUUGACAUCGAGCGCCUCUUCCGGUCCACAUUCAUCCAGCUCUGGCCUAGCAUCGCCGAGUAGCGCGGCAUCCGAAGAACAUGGAUCUUCCUCCACAGCGAAUCCCGACGUAUCCUCAGUAAUGUCGUUAUCAGCGAAUAAUCUCUACAAAGGAUACGACAGAGCGUUCUGCGUCCGGAUGAAAUCCACCCUAACGAAGAGGGGAUGUCAUUUUAAAUCUUCUGGUUAUAGGGUCGUGUUGUUACUGUGCCGUUUGAGACCGCAGUAUACGUUUAGCCAUACAAGAAAGUCCGCGCCACCGUUAAUAGGCAUGGUUGGCCUGGCGAUCGCACUUCCUCCGCCAAGUGUGCACGAAAUUCGCCUCGAAACCGACAUGUUCGUCACGCGGAUCAACUUCGAUUUUCGGAUAGCACACUGUGAACCAAGGUGAGCAUCGUGAAUAUCAAUUGAUACGUCUAUGGAAUAAUUUCCGGACGAAUUGACGGGAAAGAAUUUGUAUACGUUGUGCCAUGGAGAAGAUGCAAAUCGUCUUCGGAAGUCUCACAUCGACCUGAUUCACAAGGGACAAGUAUUGACGCAUUAUUAUAGGUUGAUGAACAAAAGUGGAGGAUAUACGUGGCUACAAACGUGCGCCACGGUAGUAUGUAAUUCGAAAAACGCUGAGGAACAAAAUAUCAUUUGUGUCAAUUAUGUUAUAAGUGGUCGUGAAUACGAAAAUUUAAUUAUGGACUGUUGUCAACUGGAGGAAGGCGUUAUGGGAGUCAAACGCGAGGAUGCUGCUGGAAACGAUCCAGAAAAUGGAUCCCCCGACGCCGAUAGAGGAGAGGGAAGAAACCACGGUGGACCGCCAAACCAACAUCAGGAACAUCCUCACAGAUCGCCGCCGGAAGAUCGCGAAGAUACUCGUGGCUCGGAGAGCGAGAAACGGGGCAGCCGACAUCACGACAACAUAGCCCAGCUUCAACAAGAGCCGGCGGUAGGGAACAUUAGCACGCUCGUAGUGAAAUUGCGCGGGCACAAGCGGAAGUUGCACGAGGAUGAUAGCAGCUCGAACGAGGAAGAGGACGAGGAGGACGACUCAACGGUGAAAGUCACGAAUAACGAGAGAAGCCACGCUCUAAGUCCAGCUCCAUCAAACCAUUCCAUUUCAGGAGGUGAGCAAAUACUGUGCUCGGCCAGUCCGAAAUCAAGACGUGUGGAAGAUAGAACGAGCAACGCCGACAGUACCGGCACCUCCGUGAAAGAUCUAGAACAAGCGAUGUCCAAGCAUUUGCCGGUUCAGAAUCUCAAUAAGUCCCAUUCACCGACUCUCCAUCAACCUACCGAUUUCAGUACGGACGCUUUGCUGAAACAACAACAACAGAGGAGUACGAUACAAUGGAUCGGAGCGCAUCAUCAUCUGGGACAUCUAAGUCCUCAACAGUCGAGCACCGCGCCAUUACCAGCAUCCGCUCUUCUACGACAAUUAUAUGCCAACAGGGAGAGCGUGAUACGAGCCAAUGUUCACGGAAUCACGUCCAGCGGUACUACAAGAACCUCUUCUUCCGGUGGCACUUACUACGCCGGGGACACGACACCUAGUGGUCCUUUGCCUACCCCACCUGGCUCCGAAGGAUCCAGUACCUACGGUGAACAUCAAUUCGUGUUAGCAACGCACAAUCAAAAAAGUUCAAGUGGAACUAGUUGUGCCGAUGCGUUUACCAGCUUGGUUUCCUCUUACUCUACCGCCAGCGGUUAUACGGUUGAUUAUCAUUCGGCGAUGACUCCACCGUCAUCCGUUUCACCGAGGGACAAGCAGCAACAACAGCAGCAACAACAACUCCAUCCGGUGAACGUGAUAAGCAGCUACGAGGGUUCAUCGGCCUACACUGACCCUGUGUUACGCCACCAAUACGAGCCAGCGCAACCGUUGCCUUUGAAGCCUCAAGUAUAUUCGGCUGCCGUUCAUCCUAGCGCAUUGGACGCUGCCGCGGCGUACGCCUCGGCUGGUUUGAGCGAGCAAGCGCAAUUUUAUCAUCAUCCGGCCGCUGGAGCUGGUUUCCACAUUUACCAUCCGACGAACAAAUCGACGACAAACGGUUGGUAUAGUUCGACGUCCUAGUGGCGUGCGCCAGCACGCGAGAGACGUGUACUUAAGUAACUGAAAAUUUUGAGCCCAAAGUCCCCACAUGCAUAUCAGUGAUAUCAUAUUCACCUCGGCAUCUCUGUACACCGAUUUUCCUCUCGUUUCCCCUCUCUCCUUUCACAUAUAUUCGUUCAUUUCCUUUCUUCCCCGUCUUUUAUCCCUGUUUCGCUCUAUUUACGUUUCACUUUUGUUACAAGUUCAUCGUUUCUGUCUUCCUCCAAGAUAGUUUUUUUUUUUAUUUCGCUUCAUUUUUCUCCUAUAUCUUUUUCUCGCGAUCCUAGCGAUCGUGCACGCGCAUCCGAUGUGCCAAUUGAACUGUAAAAAUCGCUGCUCUCUAUUCUCGACUAUUGUAGAACGACUUAUUGUAAUAUAACAGAAAUAAAUUAUUAUGUAUGUUGACAUUUUCGGAAGUAUUCGCGUAAGAAAAUGGAAGGUAGUAGUUUCUAAAAGAAAAUGAAAAGGG